GAUAAAACUGAUUUCAACUGCAUAUUCCACUUACUUGAACGAAUUAUUGCGGCGAAUUAUUGUGAAAUAUCUGCAUGUCAACAGCCAAGGCCCAGGAAUAUGACUGCACUGCCAAGUGUACAUGUCGCCAACAUGGAAACAGCACUACAGCCGCACUCACAAAGCGCUCAAUCGACAAUCAAAAUCUGGGAGCGUUCAUCUUCAAGACCUGCGGAAAAUUCGCCAACAUCAUAGAUGACCUGGGCCGCUCAGCUGUGCACAUGUCAGCUUCGGUGGCGCGAUAUGAGAUUCUGGAGUGGCUUUUGAACCACGGAGCGUACAUUAACGGACUCGAUUACGAGUCUGGCAGUAGUCCCUUGCACAGGGCCUUGUACUAUGGCUCCAUAGACUGUGCUGUGCUUCUGCUGCGCUAUGGGGCAAGUCUGGAACUGCUAGACGAAGACACACGGUUUCCGCUGCAAGCCAUCUGCCGCAAGUGCGACGAAGAUUUCACCACAGAGUCUCAGAACGAUGUUCUCGUCUGGGGCUCCAAUAAGAACUAUAACCUCGGCAUUGGCAACGAGCAGAACACCAAUGCUCCUCAGGCAGUGGAUUUCUUUCGGAAGUCCAACAUCUGGAUAGAGCAAGUAGCAUUGGGAGCCUAUCACAGUCUUUUUUGCGACAAGAAGGGUCAUCUCUAUGCCGUCGGCCAUGGCAAGGGUGGACGUCUGGGCAUUGGUGUGGAGAACAGCUUGCCGGCGCCGAAGCGUGUGAAGGUCUCUUCGAAGCUGAACGACGAUUCCAUCAUGUGCAUAAGUGUCUCCCGACAACACUCUCUGCUGCUCACGCGUCGUUCGCUGGUAUUUGCCUGCGGCAUCAACACCGACCAUCAGCUGGGAGUGCGAGAUGCGCCCGAGAAUCUGACACAGUUCAGGGAGGUUGUCGCAUUACGUGACAAUGGGGCCAUCGACCUGCUGCAUGUGAUCGCCUGCGACCAGCACUCCAUUGCCUACAGCACCAAGUGUGUAUACGUCUGGGGUGCCAAUCAGGGGCAAUUUGGCAUAAGUCGCACCACAGUCAUUAUUAUGGCGCCCACAUUGAUAAAACUACCUGCGCGAACUUCAAUCCGCUUUGUGGAAGCUAACAAUGCAGCCACGGUAAUUUACACAGAGGAGAAGAUGAUUACGUUAUUUUAUGGUGACAAGAUUAGAUACAUUAAGACUCCUAACUACGAAGAUCUCAAAAGCAUUGCGGUGAUAGGCGGUCAUUUAAAGAGCUCCACGAAAGGAUCUGCAGCAGCCCUAAAGCUAUUGAUGCUCACUGAGACGAAUGUGGUGUUCCUGUGGUACGAGAAUACACAGCAAUUUUACAGGUGUAAUUUUUCGCCAAUACGCCUGCCUGAGAUUAAAAAGAUCCUGUACAAGUGCAAUCAAGUCCUAAUACUAUCUUUGGACGGCUGCGUCUAUCGCGGCAAGUGCAAUCAGAUAGCCGUGCCAGCCGUCAUGCUGGAAGAGAAAUCCAAGCCCAAUAUGGAUAUAUGGCACAACAACGAUCAGAAUCGCACGGAGAUUUCAAGAGAGCAUGUGAUCCGCAUCGAGCUGCAGCGUUUCCCAAUAUUGAUCGUGCUACCGAUAUCUUUUGCGACGAGAGCUUCUCCUCGUUCGCCGUGCUGCAAGAGUCUCUUAUGAAGUACUUCCGCAAGCCCCCACUGCCACGCAGGGAGCAAGAAGCUCUACCAUGAAACCUGCGAAUCGGAUGCCGUGCACGAUGUCGUCUUCCAUGUGGAUGGGGAGCGCUUUGCGGCCCACAAGUUUAUCCUGUAUAGUCGCGCACCAGGCCUCAGGGAGCUCACUCGCAUCUACUUGGACAAGGAUGUCUAUCUAAAUUAUGAAAAUCUCACGGGGAAGAUGUUUGAGCUGAUCCUAAAGUAUAUCUACACCAGUUACUGGCCAGCAGAGGAUGAUAUCGACUGCAUCCAGGAGAGUCUGGGACCCGCCAACCCUCGGGAGCGAAUUCGAG